AUGGCUUCCUUCGACAGUCGGGAUCUUGUUCCAUUUCCACCUGGUAGCAAUGCCAGCGACACUUUGAUCGAAGGAGUGCAUUAUAAUCUCACAACAUUGAAAGAUUGGAAUUAUACUUAUUAUUCCAACGGCACAUUUUCAAAUGGAUCCCUCUGCUUCAUCCUCUUCAAACCCUACACCCCUCAUUUACUCCAGAACGGUACUUUUCUUAACAGCACAUCAUGUUAUUCUCCGAUCGAGUCUAUGGGAGCACGGUCUAUAAUCGGUCUUGCACUGGGAAUUUUAUUCCUGGUAAGUAUUAUGUUCACAUUGGUUAAUCUACGAAAACAUGGCCGAACAAGCAUGUCUCCUCGCAAACGAUUCCGUGCAGUGAGUAGAAGAUGGCAAUGGUAUUGGAUGCUUAUAAUUGGGACCUGUGGAGGUAUAAGCGGCAUAAGUACCGUGGAUGUCGAUAGAUACUUUUUACCAGAGUUACCUUUUGCUUUGACAAACUUCUUCUGGUUCUUGAUGCUACCGGCAACAAUGGCGGCCGUGUGGGAGAGUGUGAGGCAUUGGGGCAGUUGGCAAGAGAGACAAAUGCUCGAUAUCCCUGAAAACAGACGUGCACUGAGGGAAGAUGAUAGGAGGACGAAGAUUGAACUAGUGAUACCAUUGGUCUUUUACUUCUUCUUUUGGUUGAAUUUUUUACUGGUCAUACCAAGAUCAUGGGGUUCCUUCGAAAAACAACGAGAUAUGGAUCAAAGUAAUAUUAUUGCUGCACCAGCUGCUACUGAUAUUCGCUUCAAACUCGCAGCUUUCUUUCUUUUUGGGGGAUGGUUAACAACAAUUUACUCUUUACAACACUCGAUAUAUCACUACAGAUCUCACGAACAGGGGUUUUGGAACCGUUUCAUUGCGCUUUUCAGACAAACUCCUACCAAAUUCGUCCUCACCCUCUUCCUUUCUUUAGUAAUGAUUGGAUAUAUCGCAGCGAUCUCAUUCUAUUUUCCAAUAUCCCCUCUCAACAUCCAUGCGAAAGUGGAAUUCAUAUAUCCUUUGGGUUGGGGACCAAUAGCACUGAUACUGCUCGUGUACGAAGUCGCCGGCUACUUGAAUCCGAAUGAAGAUCGCGAUCUACUCCGUCAGCGACGUAUUCGCGACGUAGUAGCAGACGAAGAGAUGGGAUACACGAGGAAACCACGAUGGUGGAGUAGACUACAUGGGGAUAACAAAUUUGGCGGUGUGCAAGAGAGGAUAACUGCUAACGUCGCUGAAGUCAAUGGUGGAGUACUAACAACUAAGGGAUUAGAAAGAGGGAUGGAAAUGCAAGAUCUUCCAUCGCCUACCAGAGAUGAAAGAGAUACUCAGCAUCCAUCAAACGAAAUUGAGGCAUUGGGGACGGCCAAUGCUGCAUUACAUCCUCCGCGUCUGGAUACCGAAGGAAGAUUUAGGGAUAGCCCACCAAGGACUAGAGAUUCAGAAGCGAGUUCAGUGACACAAGUGGGGUCUGAACAAGGUGGAAGCACUAAUAGUACUGUUUCCGUGUCGGCACACCCACAGCAGAUAAGGAGUAUGCUUGAUGUCUAG